AUGCUGUCCAAAACUAGUACCAAUACCUCUUAUUUCCUCACCAUCCCUCCUAUCAUCCUCCUUGUCAUCCUUCUCUCCCUCCACCCCCAGCAGGCAAGUGCCUCUCCCGCCCCAAGACCAGGCUACGGCUACACACAAGGUCAGGGCCAGGGCUGGGGACAGCCAAUCGCAUCCCCCAUCGCCACCCUCGCACCAGGCUACAGCGGCCAGACUCAGGGCCAGGCUCAGGGCCAGGGUCAAUGGAGUGAAGGCCAAGGUUACGACCAAGGUGGCUCUUCCGGAGUAGGUGGCUCUUCCGGCCUAGGUGACUCUUCUAGUCUAGGCGGCUCCUCUGGUCUAGGCGGCUCCUCUGGUCUAGGCGGCUCCUCAAGUUCCGGCUACGGCUCUGGCUCCAACGACCUCACCGGAGCAAAUAGCUGGAGUCUCUCGCUCUACAGCGACGCCCAAUGCACCAGCCAGCCCCUCAGCUUCAGCGGCACCGACAGCCUGAGCUGCUCGAGCACCGGUGGAGCCGCGAUCGCCGGCCAGGCGUUCAUUGCGGAGGUUCAGGGCUGCACUGUUGUUUUCUUUGAGGGCGAGGGGUGCUUUGAUGGGUCGAGGAUUGGGACUUUUGGGGGUGAGGAUGAUGAGGAUGACGACGGUGAAGACGAUGGCGAUGACGAUGAUGACGAUGACGAUGAUGACGAUGACGAUGACGAUGACGAUGAUGAUGAUGAGGGACAUGGGAAGAAGAAGAGGGUUGUGAGAAGGGGCGGUGGUAGUGGCCAAGGUUCUGGGACCUGUGCUCUGCCUAAGAGAGAUGAUGAGGACGAUGACGAUGACGAUGACAAAGACGACGACGAGGAGGAGGAUGAUGAUGAUGAUGAUGAUGAUGACCACAAGGGCGAUGACCAUGGGGAUUAUGAUAACAGCAACAAGAAUGACAAGGACAAGUCUAACGACCACGACGAUGGUAAGGAUGAGGAUGACGAUGAUGAGGAUGACGAUGAUAAGGACGAUGACAACAAGGGAGAACACCACAAGAGACAGGUCCGAAAGAAGCGAGGAACUGGGCAAGAGAAUGGCAAUGACGAUGAGGGUGUCGUCCAGAUCAAGGCGUUUGCAGUAGUGUGUGGCUUCUAG